AUGGCGCCCGCUCGGCCACUCGACGCCGACUCGGACUCGGACAGCGAUGCUGGCUCCGAGGCGAGCGUGACGGAUGUGCAACUGGGUCUCUCGGACGGGCCCAUCGACUCGGACGAUGCCUCCAACCCCCUCGUUUCGCGCAUCGGUGGCCGUCCGGCAUGGCUGCCUACCAAGACACUGCCGCCAGCUAGCGUAGCGACGUGCAAGCACUGCAACAACACCAUGGAGCUGCUCGUUCAGAUCUUCGCGCCGCUCGACGGCUCCGCCUACGACCGCGUCCUCUUCGUCUGGGGCUGUGCGCGCGGCGUCUGUCAGCGACAGGCACACGGCAGCAUCCGCGCCGUGCGCCUCCUGCAGCACAACGCUCGCUGGGCCGCCAAGCUCGAGAAGCAGAAGGCGCGCAAGGAGGCUGCCGCUGCUCGCCGACGGACACAAGAAGCAGCCGCAAAGGCACGCGAGGAGGAGGAGGCCGCUCGCAAGAAGGUCAACCCGUUCUCGGCUGGCGCUGGUGCGGCAGGCACUGGGCUCGGCGGCAUGCUCUUCGGCGCUCCUGCACCGGCUGCUGCGGCGCCACAAGAGACGACAGUCGUCGCCGACGCCGAGCAAGACGACUCCGAGUCCGAGUCCGACGAGGAAGAGUCUCGCCUGGCCGAGGAGCUCGCCGUCAAAGCCUCGCUCGAAGCCACGCAGCGCACCGCCGAUUGGGCCGCCGCCGCCGCGCACUACGCGCCCGCUCAGUACCUCAACACCGUCCCCGAGCCUUCCUCGUCCGCACGUCGAGCCGCAUCCGCCAAGCUUACGCCUGCUGCAAAGGCGGCACUCAAGGCGGGAGAUGGCACGGUGCCGAACGACGAUGCGGGACUGAAGGAGUGGGAGGGAGAGAGCUACCAACGCAUGAUGGUCUCGGGCGUCGACGAGGCGUUUGAGCGCUUCGUUGCGCGCGUAGGCUCCGAGGGCCGGCAAGUCGUGCGCUACGAGCUCGGCGGUGUGCCGCUGCCAUUCUGCGGCUCCGGCAUCGUGUACGACAAGCUCUGGCCGCAAGCCUCUCGCAACGCCACGCCUGUCUCGCGUCAGGCCAUGGCGGCAAGCGACAAGAACGGCCGCACAUACACUCCCUCGGCCGUUCCGCCGUGCGAAGCCUGCGGUGGUCCUCGGACGUUUGAGGUGCAGCUGAUGCCCAACCUCGUCAACCUCUUGCGGCCCACGUCGAUCGCUGGCGCGGCAGACGAGGCCGUCGUGCUCGACUCGAACGCCUCGGCCGAAGAACGUCGCCGGCGCGAAAUUGAGUCUGCGCUGGGCCGCAAGCUGCCUUCGCAGCCGGACGCCGACGGCAUCACGCGCGCCAAGCCGCAGAACGAGCAGCAGCGCCUUGCUGAAGAGGCGGCCCUGCGCGCGAGGACAGGACUUGCUUGGUCCACGGCCCUCGUCUACACUUGCGAGCAGGACUGCUGCCUCCCCCGCGAGGCCGCGGCGGAGGGCGAGGCGUGGCGCGAGGAGUGGGUCGGCGCGCAGUGGGAGGAGUAGCAUGACCCGCGCGCGCCCUCGAUUCCCCUUCCUCCGUCAUCUGGCUCGCAUCCUCUCUCUUGCUCUCCCUCAUUGUAUCACUACCGCGCCUUCUGCAACUCAUCGUCACCCAUUCGCCAUCUUCACUCUCUCUCUCCUGGUCCAGCGCGUCGAU